AUUGGUUCAUUAUGAGUCAGGCUCAUUUAUUUAUUGUUUGGAGGAAGGGGUAUUCGUGCACACACAAAAAAGCUUAUCAUUGGUUACUGGCUGACUAGCUCCAAAACGAAAACAUAUUUGAGUGUGUUUUUGGUUUUAGUUGGCCAAAAUGUUGCACUGAUAUUUUCUAUUUCUCAGGCUAAUACAUCGCUACCUAUAAACUGGGGUCCUGUCUCAUAUGCGUGCGUCAGUCGCUGAAACAGAACACGAGUGCAGUACCAUUCGCAUUUCAAUCAUCUUGUUAGUAAAAUAAAUUUAGCUACACCAGAACGUUGCUUCGCAGGUUCAUAUUUAGAGUGGUGUGUGUUUCCAAAAUGGGGAAGAGAAGUCGACUGAGAAAGAAGGAGCAUCAAAAUAAUAGCAAGCCUGGUGGAAGGGAUAACCGGGACAAUGCUGGUUGGGGUGCAGGCUACGCUGACAUAAUCAAGGAGAACAAGCUGUUUGAGGCAUACUACCAGGAGCUGGGCCUGGUGCCUGAGGGGGAGUUUGACCAGUUCAUGGAGGCUAUGAGAGAACCGCUGCCCGCCACCAUCCGCAUCACUGGAUACAAGAGCCAUGCCAAGGAGAUCCUCCACUGUCUGAAGAACAAGUACUUCAAGGAGAUCCAGGAGGUAGAGAUCGACGGGCAGAAGAUAGAGGCUCCUCAGCCUCUGAGCUGGUACCCAGAUGAGCUAGCGUGGCACACCAACAUGAGCAGGAAGAUCCUGAGGAAGUCUCCUCUCCUGGAGAAGUUCCAUCAGUUCCUGGUCAGCGAGACCGAGUCGGGUAACAUCAGCAGACAGGAGGCUGUAAGUAUGAUCCCUCCUCUGCUGAUGAAGAUUGAGCCCCACCACAAGAUUCUGGACAUGUGUGCUGCUCCUGGAUCUAAGACGGUGCAGUUGAUUGAGAUGCUCCAUUCUGAUAUGGACGUACCCUUCCCAGAGGGCUUUGUGAUAGCCAACGACGUGGACAACAAGCGUUGUUACCUGCUGGUGCACCAGGCUAAGAGACUGAACAGCCCCUGUAUCAUGGUGGUGAACCAUGAUGCCUCCUGCAUCCCCAGACUACAGAUAGACACGGAGGACGGACAGAAGGGCACACUGUUCUACGACCGCAUCCUCUGCGAUGUCCCCUGCAGUGGAGAUGGCACCAUGAGGAAGAACAUUGAUGUGUGGAAGAAAUGGACCACCAGUAACAGCCUGCAUCUCCAUGGUCUCCAGAUCCGUAUAGCAGUGCGUGGUGUGGAGCAGCUAGCUGUAGGAGGGAGGAUGGUCUACUCUACCUGUUCACUCAACCCUAUAGAGGACGAAGCUGUCAUAGCAACGCUACUGGAGAAGAGUGAAGGCGCGUUAGAGUUAGCAGAUGCGUCAGUUGAUCUCCCAGGGUUAAAAUGGAUGCCUGGAGUCACCAAAUGGAAGUUGAUGACUAAGGAGGGUCAGUGGUAUAAGGACUGGUCCGAGGUGCCAGCCAACCGCCACACACAGAUCAGACCCACCAUGUUCCCUCCCACAGACACAGAGAAACUGGCCAAUAUGAAGUUGGAGAGAUGUAUGAGGAUCCUGCCCCAUCACCAGAACACAGGAGGCUUCUUUGUAGCUGUCCUGGUCAAAAAAGCCCCCAUGCCCUGGAACAGAAGAUUUCCCAAGUUGAGGAAGGAGCAGUCAUCCAGCUCCGUGCCCCAGCCAGAGGACUCUCCAGUGGGCACUCCUCUUCCUGAGAUGCCCUUGGAGGAUGGAGAGAGAGAUGGAGGGAAGGAGGCAGGAGAGGACUCGCCCAAAGAGGCAGGCGAUCAGACCAAGGAACCCAACGUGUGUGGGCCUCCUCCCAAUAAAAAGAUGAAGAGACAUGGUUUUAAAGAAGACCCCUUUGUCUUCCUCACUGAAGACGACCCGGUCUUCCCCCCGAUAGAGUCAUUCUAUGACCUGUCUCCAGACUUCCCUAAGAUAAACGUUCUGACCAGAACCCACGAGGGAAAGAAGAGACAUCUGUACAUGGUCUCCAAGGAGCUACGCAACGUCAUGCUCAACAACAGUGAGCGAAUGAAGUGUGUUUUGCAGGUGAUCAACACAGGGGUGAAGGUGUGGUCUCGCAACAGCGACGGGGAGGAGUUUGGCUGUGCCUUCAGACUAGCCCAGGAGGGUAUCUAUACUCUGUUUCCCUACAUCCGCUCCAGGAUGAUCACAGUGAGUGUUGAGGACAUUAAGAUUCUACUGACUCAGGAGAACCCGUACCUCAGCAAACUGGAGGAAGAUGCUCACCAACAGGCCAAGAAGAUGGGAAUGGGCAGCAUUGUGUUAAAAUACCGGCCUGACAAUAGUAACCCUGAUGGUCCUCAGUGUCCUAUAGAGCUGUGUGGCUGGAGAGGCAAGACCUCCAUCAGAGCCUUCGUGCCCCGCAACGAGAGGUUCCACUACCUCCGCAUGCUGGGGGUCGAGGUAUUCAGAGACAAACAGGGGCAGGGACCCAGGGAGGAAGAGAAGGAGGUGAAGGAGGGAGAGGGAGAGACGGAGAAUGGGAAUAAAGAUGUCAGCACAAAACAGGAGUUGAGAGGUGAACAUCGAGGUGACGAGCACCUGAGAGGAGAUGAGAGGGAGGGAGGAGGGGAGGUUUUGACCAGCACCUGAAAGGAGAUGAGAGGGAGGGAGGAGGGGAGGUUUUGACCAGCACCUGAAAGGAGAUGAGAGGGAGGGAGGAGGGGAGGUUUUGACCAGCACCUGAAAGGAGAUGAGAGGGAGGGAGGAGGGGAGGUUUUGACCAGCACCUGAAAGGAGAUGAGAGGGAGGGAGGAGGGGAGGUUUUGACCAGCACCUGAAAGGAGAUGAGAGGGAGGGAGGGAGGAGGGGAGGUUUUGACCAGCACCUGAGAGGAGUAGAAAGAAAUGUGUAUCUCAAUAGUCUUAACAAGUUUUCCUCUCUUUGGCUGCACUGAUGUUAAUGAACUGGAGGUCAUCCACCAUGUUGUCACCCAUGUUUUUGCAGAUGGAGAAGAGGGCUUGAGAAACCACUUUAGACUAGUAAGAUACACGGAGGAGGGAGGAAGAGGUGCUGUAUGAGGUUGAGCAGUGCUGGCCAGACUAGAGCUAGACCAAACGUGAGAGAGAAGAGGGGUGUUAGGUAGCUCAGUAGUACUUCGAAACCACUGCCAUAGCAGAAUGGCCACCCCUCCUAGACAGGGCAUGUGGACUCUUUCAUGCUCCCCCAGACUUGGUGUGCUUCAAUGCUUUAGUGACUUUUAUUUUCUAUUGUCGGUUUUAUUUGAACAAAACUCAACUCCACUGGCAAAACAUGGAGAGAGUGUUGUUUAUUUUCUUAUUGUGCAUGUUUGAAGGUUUCUCUUAAUGGCCAUUUCAUUUUUUACCAUUGUAAGUAAGAAGAAAGGUGGAAUUGAUUAAAAGUAUUAAAUUCAUAUAAAGUCUC